GUAAAAGUCUGGAAAAUUGGACUACAGAGGUUUUUGGUGAGAAUUCUCCUAUAUCCAAAAUCCACCGUGAGAAAAUGAAGCAAGAUAUGCUCCGACGCAGCACGGAAGCUGAUUAAGGGUAGGUUAAAGGUGCUUUUCUUACCGCUUUUUAUGCCUCUCUCCCUUAGGAUGAGAAAGGCAUAACAAGCGGGGGAACCCGCGAGCACCAAAAACCCAACCCUUUACACAGCCCAUUCUUCUCAUUCCCCUUUUACACAAGGGGAAUCCAUACAACUGGGCUGCUGGCGUAAGGUUGGGCUUUUCUCUUCGCUAAGAAAAGAAACAGAUGCCGAGAUCGUUGAGUCGGGGACUGUCGUCGGCAUCUUCGAUGUUUCAUCUGAGUGAAGAUGAAGGAGAGCAAGAAGACAAUGCGCUGGAUCAUGGAGGAGGAGAUGGAGAACUACAGGAUACGAUUGCAAAUGAGCCGAAUCAAGAAGCGAAGGCGGGUGCAGCGGAGGAAACAAGAAGUAGAAUAGAUGUCAAGAGCAGGACUACAGCCUCGUCACUACAACGUCGAGAUCAGGAGCUGGAGGAAUCUUCAGGAGAACGAGAAGGCGGACAGAUGAACCACUUAGCUGAAGAUGAGCAUGAUGUUCUUGUUAGCGAAGCAUCCCCAUCCUCAUUAUCAG